GCUUGUCCUUAUAUUCCCUGGCUUUUUUGAAUUGUGUCAGUGAAUCUGAUAAGAUAGUGACGGUCCCUAUGAUAUCAUCCUUAGUGGGUGACCUCAAUGUUUCCGACGCAUGCGCUUGACCUUCUCACUCUUCUAAGCUAACCAUGUCUGUCCGUUACCUGACCGCUAAACUUGCUCAGCAGAUCGAUGAAGAGCUCAUGAGUGCCGCUGGUGCUUUCAGUAUCGACCAGCUCAUGGAGCUCGCUGGGCUCGCAUGUGCUCAAACGCUCGCAACUGCCUACGGCAAGGAUAAGCACUCUCGAGUCCUGGUAUGCUGCGGCCCGGGGAACCAAGGUGGUGAUGGACUUGUCGCCGCUCGUCAUCUCAAAAUGUUUGGCUAUCAGCCUACGAUCUAUAUGCCGAAGCCAGGAUCCAAGGAUAUUUACAAGCGCUUAAAGCAACAAUGCGAUAAUAUGAAGAUACACACCAUUCCCCCAGAGGAAUCCAACGAUGCCCUUCCGAAGGCACUGAAGACAUCAGACGUGAUUCUUGACGCCAUCUUCGGAUUCUCCUUCAAGGGUCCAAUCCGCCCACCGUUCGACGUCGCUCUCAAGAGCAUCUCCGACUCGAAACUCCCCAUUGUCUCCGUGGAUAUUCCCAGUGGUUGGGACGUUGAAAAGGGAAACAUUGAAGGUGUAGGAUUGGAACCAAGUGUACUUCUGAGCCUCACCGCGCCGAAGGAGGGCGUUCGGUCGUUCACCGGUAGACACUUCCUUGGUGGAAGAUUCGUGCCACAAUCGCUGGAGGAAAAGUUUGAGCUUAAUCUUCCACCGUAUCCGGGGUUCGACCAGAUUGUCGAGCUUCCGUCGGCGCAGAGGCUGUAAUGUUUACAUUAUGCGAUGCUCUUGAUAAAUAUUUGAUGACAUGUUGGAACCAAGAGUCGCAUGGAAAACGAUGAUGAGUUCGUUUUCUUCAGCUUCAAGUUAUAAAACGGGGGGGAUACGAGGCGACUCGGAGAGUUUGUUUCCAUCUCUUCACAGAAAGGCUGAGAGUUAUUGGCGCCCCCACUUUUUUCAGGUAAAAAAAGAAGAUGGAUAUCAGGCCAGGGGGGUGGUGUUGAGUAACCUCAUGAGUUGAUUGUCGUG